AUGAAGCCGAAGAACAAGACACCCACGCACGCCGUCUUUCUACAUGGCUACAGUUCCAACGCCGAUCUCUACAUCGAGAAUAUGGCGGAGUUCGCGCGAAAUGGAGCGGUUGUGCUGAUGCCCGACCUGCCUGGUCACGGGCGCUCGGACGGUCUGCUGGCCUACGUGCCCGACUGGUGGGCCUUCAUCGACCAGAUCUGGGAGCACGUAGAGUUGGUGGUGUCAGAGGAGUGCGUGCUUGAUGGCAAGUCGCUGCCAAUUUUCGUCUCAGGAAAUUCCUUGGGAGGCGGUCUGGCGAUCUGCUUGGCCUUGCAGAGGCCCACGUAUUUUCGCGGAGCAAUCUUGCAAGGACCCAUGCUGACGGUCAGCGACGAGGUGAAGCCUCCUUGGAUCGUGCAGAUGAUCUUCAAGCAUUUCAUCGCGAGGCUGCUGCCAACAUGGCCACUCACUCCAGUCAAGAGCCUGGCUGACUUUGACUUCCGCGUCCCCACUCAUGGACCCGUGUACGAGGAGGCGAACCCUUUCUCGAUGAAGCGAACCUCGCCUUUCUUGGCUUCGGGUCGGGAGCUUGGCUUCACGUUCCCCGACUGGCUGGACGAGAAGCUCAAGGAGGUGAGGACGCCUUUCAUCGUCCAGCACGGCAAAGCGGAUAAGAUCACGGAGCCGGCCACUUCGCAGCGGCUGUACGACGAGGCUGUAGCCACGGACAAGACUCUGAAGCUCUACGAUGGGGUUUACCACUGCGAGCUGAUUUGCUGUACGCCGGGGGGGGCCGAGUUUACGGGCCUCACGUGGCUUCCCGAGCAGGUGGCCGCCACGCAAGCUUGCACAAAGGAUGCAGUGGCCUGGGUUGCGGAGAGGGUCUAG